CAUAAGACUGCAUUCACUGAAACUGAAGCAACAGUCCGAGCCGCUUUCAGAAUGACAGUCUGCAGGAGUGAGCCGAGCGUGUGCGCGGAACCGGGCUCUCCUGCCUUCUGGGCUCCAACGCAGCGCCGUGGCUGAACUGGGUGCUCACCGCCACGGGACCGCCAGGCUACUAUGGAAUACAGAUGUGGCAGUACAGGUAGCCCCACGUUGCCUAGAGGAAUACAUCAUGGGUUUUGAGAAGAAAUUGUAGAAGCAAUUUUUUUUUAACACACACACACACACACACACACACACACACACACACAGUAAAGAUGCAAAAACGCAAUAUCCAUGAAGAUCCUAUUACCUAGGAAGACUCGGAUGUUUUACUGUGAAUGCGGUGUUGGGAUUUAUUUGUUCUUGGAGUGUUCUGCAUGGCUGGUAAAGAAUAAUGUUCCAAAAUCGGUCCAUCUCCCAAGGGGUCCAAUUUUUCUUCCUGGGUGUCAGCGAGCCCUGACUCACUACACUGCAGCUGACAGGGGCUGUCAUGCAGGCGGCCCCUAAGCCAAAGCAAAAGACCUAAGGACGGCCUUUGAACAAUACAAAGGAUGGGUUUCAAUGUAAUUAGGCUACUGCGCGGAUCAGCUGUAGCGGUGGUUCUAGCCCCCACUGUCUUACUGACAAUGCUCUCUUCAGCUGAAAGAGGAUGCCCUAAGGGUUGUAGGUGCGAGGGCAAAAUGGUAUACUGUGAAUCUCAGAAACUGCAGGAGAUCCCCUCAAGCAUAUCCGCCGGUUGCUUGGGUUUAUCCCUUCGCUACAACAGCCUCCAAAAACUUAAGUAUAACCAGUUUAAAGGGCUCAAUCAGCUCACCUGGCUCUACCUUGAUCAUAACCAUAUCAGCAAUAUUGACGAGAAUGCUUUCAAUGGGAUACGCAGACUCAAAGAGUUGAUUUUGAGUUCCAACAGAAUCUCUUAUUUUCUUAACAACACCUUCAGACCUGUGACCAAUUUACGGAACUUGGAUCUGUCCUAUAAUCAGCUCCAUUCUCUGGGAUCUGAACAGUUCCGGGGCUUGAGGAAGCUGCUUAGUUUACACCUCCGCUCCAACUCCCUAAGAACAAUCCCUGUGCGGAUCUUCCAAGACUGUCGCAACCUGGAGCUUCUGGACCUGGGGUACAACAGGAUCCGAAGUUUAGCCAGGAAUGUCUUUGCUGGCAUGAUCAGACUGAAAGAACUUCAUCUGGAGCACAAUCAAUUUUCCAAGCUCAACCUAGCCCUUUUCCCAAGGUUGGUGAGCCUUCAGAACUUGUACAUGCAGUGGAAUAAAAUCAGUGUCAUAGGGCAAACCAUGUCCUGGACUUGGAGUUCCUUGCAGAGGCUUGACCUGUCGGGAAAUGAAAUCGAAGCGUUCAGUGGACCCAGUGUCUUCCAGUGCGUCCCCAACCUGCAGCGCCUCAACCUGGAUUCCAACAAGCUCACAUUUAUUGGUCAAGAGAUUCUGGAUUCUUGGAUCUCUCUCAAUGACAUCAGUCUUGCCGGGAAUAUAUGGGAAUGCAGCAGGAAUAUCUGUUCCCUGGUAAACUGGUUGAAAAGUUUUAAGGGGCUGAGAGAGAAUACAAUUAUCUGCGCCAGUCCCAAAGAGCUGCAGGGGGUAAACGUGAUCGAUGCAGUAAAGAACUACAGCAUCUGUGGCAAAAGCACCACCGAGAGGUUUGACCUGGCCAGGGCGCUCCCCAAGCCCACGUUUAAGCCCAAGCUCCCCAGGCCCAAGCAUGAGAGCAAGCCUCCGCUGCCCCCCACGGUGGGAGCUACCGAGCCCAGCCCAGAGACAGAUGUGGACACAGAACACAUCUCCUUCCAUAAGAUCAUCGCGGGCAGCGUAGCCCUUUUCCUGUCGGUGCUGGUCAUCCUCUUGGUAAUGUACGUGUCCUGGAAGCGGUACCCAGCCAGCAUGAAGCAGCUGCAACAGCGUUCCCUCAUGAGAAGGCACCGGAAGAAGAAACGGCAAUCGCUCAAGCAAAUGACUCCAGGCACCCAGGAAUUUUAUGUAGAUUAUAAACCCACCAACACUGAGACCAGCGAGAUGCUGCUGAACGGAACCGGACCCUGCACCUAUAGCAAAUCAGGCUCCAGGGAGUGUGAGGUAUGAACCAUUGUAAUUUAAAACCAAAACAAAACAGAGAGCUCUUAAAAGCUGGGAAAAUAAGUGGUGCUUUAUUGAACUCUGCUGACUGUCAAGGGAACACGGUGCCCCUCCCCUCCCCCUCCCUCUCGCUGUGCUGGCAAGGGCCUUCCCUGUCUCUGAGAGUGUGUUCAUAAUACUGGUCAUUUUCCUCCCAUAAAUAGUCAACCCAUUGAAAUUUAAAUACCACAAUCAAUGUGAGGCUGGAACUCUGGUUUAACACCAUGCCUAUUGUAUAAGA